CACGAGUUGUUUCCGUCAGCGUGGCACCACCGGUCAAACUGAUUUGAUAAUAAUCGCAAUUAGCAAUAAACGAUAACGAUGUCAUACUGUAUAGAUACGUCACAAUCGUCCAGACUGCGUCCGAUUAUAAUAGAGCUGUCCUGCUGACAUACAUCGGAAGGCAGGUUCAAGAGACAAGUUCGAUAACGAUCUUCGUUGACCCAUAUCAACAAUUAUGCAAGCUCAUAUCGGAAAACGUAAAAGAGUCAAUAAUAUGCUCGCUGUUCUGCUCGGCAUUCUGCCGAUCCUCUGGGCCCAAAGGAUCGGAGCGAGCGUCCUGGUUGCCGACACCACCAUGUCCAGGAUGGUGGAGCUGAACGCCGAUGCACCCUUCUGUGCUCUUUACAACGAUCGCGGAGUUAUUCAGAGGAUGGUCCUCGGUGCGGAUCCCAGAAGAGUUCGACAAAUUUCCAGCAACCUCGUCGCCGAUCUCGAAGAGACCUGCAAGGCCUCGCGGAACAAGGGGAAGAAUCAAGCGCCAGGUGGUGGUUUAAUAUAUCCGGGUACCAAGUGGUGCGGACCAGGCAACGUGGCCAAUUCCUACAAUGAUUUGGGACAACAUGCAGUCGAGGAUGCUUGCUGCAGGGAACAUGACCACUGCCCCUUUACGAUAGCGCCGCAACAAUGCAUACAUGGCAUAUGCAAUAACUCGCCAUUUACUCGCUCGCACUGCGAUUGCGACGCCAAAUUCCGCAGAUGUUUGCAGAAUCUCAAUACCGAGGUGGCCAAUACCCUUGGCGCGCUUUUCUUCAAUGUGAUCCAAGUUACCUGUUUCAAAGAGAGACGACCAUGCUCGCAGUGGCAGAGAAAUGGCUACGCGGAGGCUGUGUCCGAUCGAUUGUGCUCGCAAUACAAAUUCCGGCCCAGCGACAAGUACGUGCCUAUGAUGCCUCUGAGCAUGAACAAAUAAAUUCCGGAAAUGCGAGAAGAACGAAAAAAACCAGCAAAGAUUGAUGCCUAGUACACCGACCAUAUCAUUUAUAUUAUCAAAUUAUCAUCCCCAUAGUCGCGCCCCAACGUCAUCUCGAACGUACCAUUCUUAGAAAUUAAGUUGCAAUAGACCUUUCACAACGUGACAACUGUAAAUGUUAUUCGUAAUUUCCGGACGGUGGAGUUCCCUCAAUCCCUCGAUUGUACAUAUUAAUUUUAUUUUUAUAAUAAUAUAACUGAGUAACUAGUUAUAUGUAAAAGAAGGAUAUUUAGAUGCUAAUUGAUUUUCUUUAUGUCAUAGACUUCCUCUAUAAAAGUAUAUGAUAGAAAUAGGAUUGCUUUUUACAAAGCAACGACAUGACGAUAUUUAAUGCCUUCUUCCCAUUAUUAUCGAGAGUGAUAAAUAUAAUGUGAUUGAACGUUUAAAUUGUGUUAGUGAAAUGAUAUAGUAUUUUGCAUAGUGUAUUUAUCACAUGCGUGCCAUAAUUUACAGUAUUUAAUUUUUCAUUUACCGAUUAAAUAUGCCGGACUUGUAGUCUCUAUGUUUCCUCCAUUAUGAAGGAAACAUGUCUCCAAAAAAAUAGGAUGAUAUAUGCGAUGAAUAUUAUCUGUAUCUCUUAAUAGUUGUUUUGAAAUAUUAUAUUCAAAGGCAGCUAAAUCUGUAGUAGAAAUCAAAUUGUUCUUUUUUUUUAAUUAAUUACGUUGAUAGAUUUCCACACGUAGAACGGUAUUCGUAAUUCGAUUUUGUGCUCAAGAUCAUCUCUUUUGCGAAAUGGUACAAUUGUAUAUCUCGAGAUUGCAUUUAAAACUUGAUUGAUUUCAAAUAUAAGAUCAGAUUAUGAAUGCUA